AUGGCAUCAAGACUUCCAAAAGUUUCAUUUCCUGUUUCCUCUUCAUUACCCUCUCUUGUUACUACUACUGCUACUACAAGGACAAAAUACAUCAUCGGAGUCUGUGCCAUGGACAGUAAAGCACGUUCUAAACCCAUGAGAAAUAUCCUAAAUCGACUCUUGUCAUUUGGGGAAUUCGAAACUGUAAUAUUUGGAGAUAAUGUUAUACUUGACGAAGAUGUUGAAAAUUGGCCAAUUUGUGAUUUUUUCAUCUCUUUCUUUUCAACUGGCUUUCCUUUAGAUAAAGCCAUAGAAUACGUUAAAUUACGUAAACCAUUUUGUGUUAAUGAUUUACCAAUGCAGAAACUUUUAUGGGAUAGACGACUUGUCUUAAAAUUAUUGGAUGUUUUAAAAAUACCUACACCAAAACGUUUAAUUGUUAGUAGAGAUGGUGGUCCAAAAAUUGAUCCUGAUUUAAAAAUUCAAGUUUCAAAGAAUGUUGGUAUUCAACUUAAAGAAGAAUAUUGUCCACCUAAUGUUGUAAUUGAAAGGCCUGAUAAUGAUACUAUUAGUGUAAAUGGUAAUUUAUUACGAAAACCUUUUGUUGAAAAACCUGUCAAUGGUGAAGAUCAUAAUAUAUAUAUUUAUUAUUCUUCUGAAAUGGGUGGUGGUGGUCGUCGAUUAUUCAGAAAGGUAGCAAAUAAAGCGAGUGAAUUUGAUCCUGAUUUAACAGCACCUCGCGAUGAAGGUUCUUAUAUUUAUGAAGAAUUUAUGGAUGUUGACAAUGCAGAAGACGUUAAAGUAUAUACCAUUGGAAAUACAUAUGCUCACUCAGAAACUCGUAAAUCUCCUGUAGUUGAUGGACUUGUAAAAAGGAACCCUGAUGGUAAAGAAGUUCGUUACGUUGCUACACUGACAAAUGAAGAAAGAAAAAUGGCUAGUGAUAUAUCUGUUGCAUUUGGUCAAACUGUGUGUGGGUUUGAUUUACUUAGAGUUCAUGGAAAAUCUUACGUUAUUGAUGUAAAUGGUUGGUCUUUCGUAAAGGGAAAUGACGAAUAUUAUAGUAAUUGUGCUCGAAUUUUACGAGCCAUGUUUUUAAGUGCUGUUCGAAGAAGAAAGGUUAGCAUAGACUUAAUACCAAAUGAACUUAGAUUUGAAAACUCUUGGCGUCUUAAAUCUUUUAUAGCUGUAUUUCGUCAUGCUGAUCGUACUCCAAAACAAAAAAUGAAAUUCUCUUUUCGAAGCAAACCUUUUCUUGAUUUACUUGAUGGUACUAAUGAAGAAGUUAUGAUACCUAAAAAUGAUCUCAAGAAAGUGUCGAAUGCUACAAUAGCUGCUACUAAAUUACAUUAUGAUGACUUAACUAAAUUAGAACAACUUAAAUUAAUACUACAAUUGAAGAGUGAUUUACCUGGAACUAAAGUACAAAUAAAACCUUCUUAUAACAAAGAUAAUCAUUCAAUUGAAAAAGUUCAACUUAUUGUUAAAUGGGGUGGCGAAUUUACACAUGCUGCUCUUUACCAAUCACGAGAUCUUGGAGAAAAUUUACGAAAGGAUUUGAUAAUUAUGAACAAAGAUGUCUUAGAUGAUGUAAAGAUAUAUACGAGCUCAGAAAGACGUGUUGUCGCAACGGCUGAAAUAUUUGCUGGGACUUUUAUGGAUGCAAAUGAAUCCCCGGAAAAAAUUAUUGAAACUCGAAAAGAAAUGUUAGAUGACAGUAAUUCAGCUAAGGAACAAAUGGAUGAAGUGAAACUUAAUUUGAAAUCUCUUUUAAAACCUAAUGAACCUUUGAGUGUGGAUUGGACUUGGCCAAAAGAUCAACCUGAACCAUCUAUUGUAGUUCAAGAAGUUAUUGAUAUAAUGAAACAUCUUCGUCAAGUAAUGCAUGAAAAUUUUGAACGAAUGGAUUAUGAUAAUAUUCAAUCUCGAUGGUGCUGUGCUGAAAAUCCAUUGCUUUUUAAAGAGCGGUGGGAAAAAUUAUUUAAAGAUUUUUGCGAUGUGGAUCGUAAUUCGUUUGAUCCAAGUAAAAUAUCUGAACUUUAUGAUUCUUUCAAACAUGAUGCAUUACAUAAUCGACAAUUUUUGGAAACCAUUUUUGUUGAUCAAAAUGGUGACAAGAGUACAGCUGAACUGAAAGGAUUAUAUCAACGCGCAAAAAUCUUGUUUGAUUUUGUUGCGCCUCAAGAAUAUGGUAUUGAAAAUAAGGAGAAACUCUUAAUUGGACUUCUACUAUCAGAUUCAUUGUUAAAGAGUAUCAUAGAAAAUUUAGAGGAGUCUAAAUCAAAUUUAAAGCCAAGUACAAGAUUAUAUUUUACAAAAGAAUCUCAUGUACAUUCUCUUCUAAAUGUUGUGUUCUUAUCUGGCCUUCCCACAAGAAUUCCCAGGAAAGACGUUCCGGAACUUGAUUACCUCACCCAGAUAACUUUUGAACUCUAUGAACGUCAUCGCGGUUUAUCUGGUGAAAAGGAAUAUUCUCUGCGCGUGGCGUUUAGUCCUGGAGCCUAUUCUCCAAAUAUUUUAGAUUUAAAUCUAGAUGCUAGGCAUUGUUUGAUCGUAGCACCAAGAAAAAAUCUUACGGAUCACUUACCCCUAGACGAGGCACUCUCUUAUUAUAAAAAUAAAGUUUAUAGUCAUCCUGCAAGUGUUAUCGCGGAGCCGAUUAAACAGAAUGUUCGCGAGCCACUUCUUUCGUCAUCACCUUUUUUUGAUUUUAAUCUUAGUAAAUCCUUUUAA